AUGAAGAUAGGGUAAUUAGUUCCAAUUUCAGAAUAAAUUAAAUCUAAAUAUAAAGACUUGUAGCAAUAUUCUCUCAUGUAAUAUUUAGGGUCAUAUUUCGAGCUUACUCUUUUAAUGUCUAUACUUGAUUUUCUAUUAACUUAUCAUAUUGAAGAUUAACUUUAAAGAUUAGUUAAACCAAAUGGAAUAUAUUCAAAAUCAUCAUAAAUAAUUAUUGACAAAAUUUAACAUUGCAUUAUAAAAGAAAGAAAAUUAUCAUUAUUUUAUGAAUAAAUUUAAAUUGAAGAUAUUUAAUAUCAAAAAGUCAAAGAAUUUCUUCAAUAAUAUUGCUAUGCUUAAUAACAAUAAUUCAAUUUUUUAUUUAAAGAAUAACUAACAACUUUAGCUUAGAUUUUUUAACUUUCUUUUUAUAUUUUUGGUGAAUUAGAAUUAAAAAUUCCAAAUAAAAAAUAAUAGUGUAUUUUUCUUUAUUAAGAUAAAAAUCAAUAUUAUUACAUUUAAUAGUAUGAUGAGAAUCGAAAUUAAAAAAAUCAACAAAAUAAUUGCUCUUCAUACAAAAAUAUGGAUUAAAUUUAUUUAAGUAAUAAAACCCAAUUAGAAUCAGAAAAUGAUUGUUAAGUGAGUAAAAGCAAAUUGAAUGAAAAUUAAUUCCUAAAAUAAGAUAAUAUUUAUAUUAAUGAUAAAGAAAUAUAAUAAUCCUAAUAAAUAGUCUAAAAGUCAACAGAGGUAAUUUAAAUGGAAAAUCAAAAAUAUUAAGAGUAUUCAGAAUAAAAAUUGUUAAUUUGUUUGAAAUGCAAAGAUAAAUCAUAAAUUCAAAUUUUUAUUAAUAAAUCGUGCAAUCAUCAUUUUUGUUUUCAAUGCUUGAGUUAAUUUAUAACUGAUUAGGAUGUUAACUAUUCAUGUUUAGAAAAAAACUGUGAAUAAAUAAUAGAUUCUCAUUCUUUUUAAUAAUUUUCUUAAAAUUUAUUAAAUAAUAAUGGAAAUUAAAUAACAAAAAUAAUAGUUAAAGCUGAAUUUAAAAAUUGCAGUGGAUGUUCAAAAAAGGUAUUGAGAAAUUUAUAAUUUACAAAUUUGUGUCUACAUACUUUUUGUAUAGACUGUUCCAUUAAAUUUGCAAAAAAUACAUAAAUUAAAAUUUAUUGUCCAUAUUUUGGCUGUCUUCAAAAAAUUGCCUAUGAAUAAUUAAUGGAAUAUUUAAAAUCCGAAAAAAUUCUAUUUUAGUGCUCUAAAUGUGAAAAACAAUUAGAAAGAGAAAAUUUAUUUUUAAAUAGACUCUGUUCUCAUUUUUUGUGUUUUGAUUGUUCAUAUGAGUUGGUGAUAAAAAAUAGCAACAGUUAAUUGUAUCAGCCUUGUCCUAUCAAUUAUUGUAGUUAAAUGUUAGAUUCAUAUUAAUUCAAUUAAUUUUUUGAGGAAAACUAAAAUAUAGCACUUUAAGAAUAAGAAAAAAAAGAAUAAUUGUUCGAAGAAAUAUAAAAUUAAGAAUCUCAAUCUGAUAUAUAAUUUGAAGGAAAAGUUGAAAAAAUUACUUAAGCUGAGAAUUUCAACUAAUCCCCAUAAAUUUUAAAUUCAAACAAUAAUUAUAAAUCUUAAAUGUAAACAGAUGAGGAUGAUGAUGAAUAUAAUAAUAAUGAUUAGACUUAUGUUGAAUGCACUUUAUGUUAAACUACUUUUUCUGACUACAAUCUUCGUUAAAAAUUAAACUGUAAAUUGCAUUAAAUUGGUGUUUGUUGUUCUUUAGAAAAUGAAAAUUGUCCUCAGUGUGCUAAGAAGAAUUAUUAUAAAUCCAAAUAUUGCUUUCAAUGUAAAAUAAUAGAUUUAUACUAGCCAAAUUAAAAUUAUCCAUCGUCAAUUAAGAGUUUGAUUUUUAUAAUUUUUAAACUACCAGUUAUUGA